CUCCCUGUCUGUAUAUUCUGCCUCAUGUCUUCCCCUUUCAUCUUAAACUCACCUUACAAGGCCCUUUACCCUUAUCUUAAGUUGAUCAAACCUUCCUGACCCCGGUUUAUUUGACCCUUGAGGCUCCGAGACUGUAAUUCCCCUCUACUUCCUUCCCCUUUGUAAUCCCUCUGGGACGGUUUUAUUGUCUCAGAUCCAUUCAGCACAACAGACUCACCCUGUUGUGGAAUAUUGAUAAAAUCAAACCUCUGGAACUGGUUGAUUCUUCCUGAACAUUCCAGUUCAUAAAAAAUACAGUGUGAAGGGUUAUAAGGACACGAAGACUAGGUAUGUGUGGCCUUGUAUUUAAAUGUAUUUUAUUUGUUGUAAACAACACUUUAACUAUCAAAAGCAUAUAUUAAUGGCUUAAAUAAUCAAUAAUCCUUCGUCAGAUGUUGCACCAGGGUCCUGAAAUCCACAAAGGACACAGGACAGGUCUGCUGGAGAUGUGUGUCCGGUCUCGUGAGUAAAAUACAUCUAAACAUUUAAGUCUCUCUUUUGAAAAAGGUCAAAUUAACUUUGGUUGGCAAAGAACACGGCAUAGAGGUGAGAACAUUAUGUGUGUGCGUGUGCGAGCUGGAGAGAUAUUUUUCAUUGUGGUUAAUGUGACCAUGUUUCCACUUGAUUAUUAACCUCCUUCCAUGAUUGCUCUUAGACUCAUCAAGCAUGAGUUUAAACACUGCGUCCCACAUCAAGGUCAUUAGUAACUUGACAGUUUGAACUGGUUUUGGUAAAGGGGUCUCACUCUUGCAGGAAACAACACCUCUGGUUGAUGUUUUCACACCUACUCACAGUUUCCUUUGUCAGGUUGGAAGGUGGUAGUGGUGGGCUGUGCAGCCCCAGUCACACUGUUCAGCUUGUACCUCUGCACAGGGACAAUGAUUCAAACCUUCAGCAUCAUAUUUUUCUUUCAGUUGUUCUCUCUAAAUGGGGCGACUGAGAGCGGCAUCUUCGGUGGUAAAGUUUCAAAGCCUCAUUCCAGACCCUACAUGGCUUCACUCCAGUUUGAUGGACACCACUCAUGUGGCGGGAUCCUGGUCCGGGACGACUUUGUUCUGACAUCAGCUCACUGCAACGAAUCUCAGAGGGCGAUGAUGGUGGUGCUCGGUGCACACAACAUAAGCAAGAAAGAAAAAACUCAGCAGAAUCUCGAAGUGGCAGAUUACUUCUCACAUCCAGAGUACAUUGGACAACAUGAUUAUGACAUCAUGCUUCUCAAGUUAAAAAACAAGGCAGAACUGAACAAAUAUGUGAAGCCCAUUGGAUUACCGAAGAAACACGGGAAAACACCUGCCAAUGUAGCAUGCGUCGUUGCUGGCUGGGGCUAUGUAGCAGCUAACGGGCCGGCCUCACAUGUACUGAGGGAAACCACGGAGAAGAUUCAAUUCCCUAAGGAAUGCAAACAUAUCUGGCAGGAAUACUUCUUUACUAGUCACAUGAUAUGCACCAAGUUUGACAAAAAGAAGGGAGGAAUUUGCCAGGGGGAUUCUGGCGGACCGCUGAUCUGCAACAGCAAACCUCAGGGUAUCACAGCUUAUACUUUCAAGAAUGACUGCAAAAAGCCUAAUUAUCCCCAUGUCUUCAUGAACCUGAACUUCUUUCUUCCCUGGAUCAAGAAAACCAUGCAGGGGUAGGGGAAUGUUAUAUGAGCCACUAUUCUGAGGCCAAGAAGUUAUCCCUUUCUUCACUUGAUUAUUUACGCAGCUUAAUAAAUUAGCGAAAUUUAAAUUAAUUUAGCCUGAAAAAGGAAACUGGUACUUGUGAAUGUUGUGCAGAGGUAUGGGAAAGAAAAAUCACAGUUGCUCUUAUUAAAAAGAAGAAGAAUUUGGAGAAUAUAUUCAACCUUACAUCCUGCUUACAUUGCUCAAGCUUGUCUUUUCAUUCCUGCAACUUCCUUUUUUGAAAAAUCCUUGUGCAACUUUUGUCAACUAUGUACAAAUUUCUUUCUUUAAAUCAUUUAAAAACUCUCUUGUCAGCAGCAUAGUUCUGAGUCAUUUCUGGGUGAAAGUGUGUGUAAGACUGAAUGGCGUGAGGGAGAAAUGGUGGUGUAGCAGACGAGGGCAGAUAUCGAAAGUAUCUCAGUGAGUGUGGUGGUCGUGGUGGAGGAGCCCAAAAUAAAGUCUGAAAACUCA